GGAGACAGAGUGACCAAACCCUGUCAUAUGCAAAAUUUCUCCGGAGUUCUUCCAUUCCCGUUCUUUGCCCUGGCUAGGAAGGGAAAAAUAAAAAACAAGCAAACAAAAACCCUCCCUUCGCAAUAUCUGUUUGUUCAAGGUGUCAUUUCCCUGGGAGGUUAUUUACAGAUUUCUUACUGCUUCGCUCAUCUUGCCUGGUAAUUACUUACUGAAAGAAAUCUGCUCUUUAGGGUGAGCUGUUCCUUUAACCCCUUUGGCUCACUCUUCCUUGGAGGCGAGCAAGGGCGUGCUGCAGUGUCUGGGAACCCACCUAGAGGGCCCCCUUGACGCCAGCACAUCCCCUGUCAGGCAGCAGUCUCUGCAGCCGAAGCGGGCUGCUGCAGAGUUCAUGUACAGUACCACGGAGCCUGCAAGUGUCCUGAGCUGCUCAGAGCCGGGCGGCACAGCCCAGGGCAGACAAGGAGGCUGCGAGGAUUCCAAAGGUUCUGCUGGAAAUUCGGAGCUGGGAGACCCCAGCAGGAGCCUGUUGCCUUUGUGUUUUAAAAGCAUGCAAGGUCUGUAUAGCUCGGGCACGAGAAUCUUUCAGAAGAUGUCAGCGCCUCAGAGUAAAUGACACCUAUUGGGGAAUUGAAUUUGGGGUAAAAGAGACAGAGAGAGAGAGAGAGAGAGAGGAUAAAAGAAAGACAGCGGGAGAAGAAAUUCUUAGACAACGUCUGACUUGCAGCCGUGAAAUUCAUUUUCUUUCCAAGGCAACAUAUGAAAAGCCCGCACAUGGUUUUAAUAACAAAUUAAAGGGGAUUCUGCAGUGAAAGGAUCGAUAGCUUAGUCAUUUUACUUAAGGAGAGCGGACAGACUUAUUAUGGGGUUAGGCAGCAGAAACGAAUCUCCUCAUGACAGCACCUUCUGAAGUCAUGACGGUAGCUAAUGGUAAUCCUGUCCUGCAAAACAGAAAUUGCUCCUUGCCUUCCUACUUUUACCAUUGAAAACCGGCAAUUCAGAGAUUUGGGAAAGAAGUUGGCUUUGAUUAUCCAUGGUUUCUAGCCCCUCUGCCCUGGUCUUUGUCCGACGUGUCUCAGAAGGCAGCACUGCGUUAAAGUGACCACACAUGAAUAUGUGCCUAAGAAAGAAGAAAAAGCAAUAUUCGUUUCUAAAGGACAGCAUGGCAAAGCGACCUGAAGUUUUCCAUUGCCCUUCUAACACUUCUUUAACAAGGAUAACAAGAAACUGUCUUUUGACUCCUUUUUUCCCACAUUCCAGAGUCCUUCCUGAGAGGAUGCAUUAAUUUACACUCUAGGCAGUUGGAUUAUACCAGGACAAUAUUUGCCACCAUUUAGGAUUAGCGACCGAACUGGUUAUUUUAGUGUGUUGACUAACGAGUGGAACCUAAAUGGAUGGACCCAUACCUGCAGUGCUCUGUGAUAUUUCUUUUUCCAAAUCCUGGAAGGGCUUUUGUUGUUGCUGUUUGUUUUUUGGGGGGGAUUUUUUUGGAAUUCAGUACUUGUUGCAAUAAUUGCCCAUGAUAGCUGCUCAAACAGGAGAGUUGGGAUUCAUCUAUGAAAAUCACUACAUGUAACAUAUGAGACAAGGAAAAUAUUAAUGACAGAAGAUCUGCAAACAUGAUGCACGUGAAUAAUUUCCCCUUUAGAAGGCAUUCUUGGAUAUGUUUUGAUGUGGACAAUGGCACAUCUGCGGGACGGAGUCCCUUGGAUCCCAUGACCAGCCCAGGAUCCGGGCUAAUUCUCCAAGCAAACUUUGUCCACAGUCAGCGUCGCGAGUCUUUUCUGUAUCGAUCUGACAGCGAUUAUGACCUGUCUCCAAAGUCUAUGUCCCGGAACUCCUCCAUUGCCAGUGAUAUACAUGGAGAUGACUUGAUUGUGACUCCAUUUGCUCAGGUCUUGGCCAGCCUGCGAACUGUACGAAACAACUUUGCUGCAUUAACUAAUUUGCAAGAUCGAGCACCUAGCAAAAGAUCACCCAUGUGCAACCAACCAUCCAUCAACAAAGCCACCAUAACAGAGGAGGCCUACCAGAAACUGGCCAGCGAGACCCUGGAGGAGCUGGACUGGUGUCUGGACCAGCUAGAGACCCUGCAGACCAGGCACUCCGUCAGUGAGAUGGCCUCCAACAAGUUUAAAAGGAUGCUUAAUCGGGAGCUCACCCAUCUCUCUGAAAUGAGUCGGUCUGGAAAUCAAGUGUCAGAGUAUAUAUCAAACACAUUCUUAGAUAAGCAACAUGAAGUGGAAAUUCCUUCUCCAACUCAGAAGGAAAAGGAGAAAAAGAAAAGGCCAAUGUCUCAGAUCAGUGGGGUCAAGAAGUUGAUGCACAGCUCCAGUUUGACGAAUUCAAGCAUCCCGAGAUUUGGGGUUAAAACUGAACAAGAGGAUGUCCUUGCCAAGGAACUAGAAGAUGUGAACAAAUGGGGUCUUCAUGUUUUCAGAAUAGCAGAGCUGUCUGGUAACCGGCCUUUGACUGUUAUCAUGCAUACUAUUUUUCAGGAACGGGAUUUAUUAAAAACAUUUAAAAUUCCAGUAGACACUUUAAUUACAUACCUUAUGACUCUGGAAGACCAUUACCACGCUGACGUGGCCUACCAUAAUAAUAUUCAUGCUGCAGAUGUUGUCCAGUCGACACACGUGCUAUUAUCUACACCUGCUUUGGAGGCUGUGUUUACAGAUUUGGAGAUUCUUGCGGCAAUUUUUGCCAGUGCAAUACAUGAUGUAGAUCAUCCUGGUGUGUCAAAUCAGUUUCUCAUCAAUACAAACUCUGAACUUGCCUUGAUGUACAAUGAUUCUUCUGUCUUGGAGAACCACCAUUUGGCUGUGGGCUUUAAGUUGCUUCAGGAAGAAAACUGUGAUAUUUUCCAGAAUUUGACCAAAAAGCAAAGACAAUCAUUAAGGAAGAUGGUCAUUGACAUUGUACUUGCAACAGACAUGUCAAAACACAUGAAUCUACUGGCUGAUUUGAAAACUAUGGUUGAAACUAAGAAAGUGACAAGUUCUGGAGUUCUUCUUCUUGAUAAUUAUUCUGAUAGGAUUCAGGUCCUUCAGAAUAUGGUGCACUGUGCAGACCUGAGCAACCCCACGAAGCCGCUCCAGCUGUACCGCCAGUGGACAGACCGCAUCAUGGAGGAGUUCUUCCGCCAAGGAGACAGAGAGAGGGAGCGAGGCAUGGAGAUCAGUCCCAUGUGUGACAAGCACAAUGCGUCCGUGGAAAAGUCACAGGUGGGCUUCAUAGACUAUAUUGUUCAUCCUCUCUGGGAGACAUGGGCUGACCUCGUGCAUCCUGAUGCCCAGGACAUUCUGGACACUUUGGAGGACAAUCGUGAAUGGUACCAGAGCACAAUUCCUCAGAGCCCCUCCCCAGCACCUGAUGACCAGGAGGAAGGCCGGCAGGGUCAAACCGAAAAGUUCCAGUUUGAACUAACUUUAGAGGAAGAUGGAGAGUCUGACACCGAAAAGGACAGUGGAAGUCAGGUGGAAGAAGACACUAGCUGCAGUGACUCCAAGACUCUCUGUACUCAAGACUCGGAGUCUACUGAAAUUCCCCUUGAUGAGCAGGUGGAAGAGGAAACAGUGGGGGAGGAAGAAGACAGCCAGCCUGAACCCUGUGGAAUAGAAGAUCAUUCUCCUGACACGUAACAGUGCAAAGAAUGUCACGUCUUUUCUUUCCUUUUUUUUUUUUUUUUUUUAAUUUAAGUAGAAAAAUUGUUUCCAAAGUGCAUGUCACAUGCCACAACCAUGGUCACACCUCACUGUCAUCUGCCAGGAUGUUUGUUGAACAAAACUGACCUUGACUACUCAGUCUGGCGCUCAGGAAUAUUGUAACCAGUUUUUUCACCUCCAUGUCAUCAGAGCAAGGGGGACAUCUUCACGAACAGCAUUUUAACAAGAUUUCAGCUUGGUAAGAGCUGACAGAGCGGAGAAAAUCAACUCUACAAUGUUUUCAAGGGAGUAUGGCUCAUCGGGCAGCCCAAAAGUUGAUAGGCUUUGGGGUUUCUUUUUUAUUUGUUUGCAAUAUUUUCAGCAGAAAGAAGGCAUUACACAAACAGAGUGAACCCAUGGAUGAAGCAACAUAUGUGUCAGGAAUAGGACAUAGCACGAAUCUGUUACCAGGAGGAAGAUGAGCCACAGAAAUUGUAUAAUUUUCUAAUUUCAAGUCUUCCUGAUACAUGACUGAACAGUGCAGUUCAGUGAGCUGCACUGACCUCUACAUUUUGUAUGAUAUGUAAAACAGAUUUUUUGUAGAGCUUACUUUUAUUAUUAAAUGUAUUGAGGUAUUAUAUUUAAAAAACUAUGUUCAAAACUUCAUCUGCCACUGGUUAUUUUUUUCUAAGGAGUAACUUGCAAGUUUUCAGUACAAAUCUGCUACACUGGAUAAAUCUAAUUUACGAAUUUUACUUGCACCUUAGAGUUCAUAGCAAUUAACUAAUUUGUAGUGAUUCAUUGUUUUAUAUACCAAUGACUUCCAUAUUUUAAAACAAAACCCAACUUCAUGUUGCAGGAAACCCUUUUUGUAGGUCUUCAUUUACUUUGCUUUCAUUUCAGUCUUUUCCAAUAAGCAGAGUUGCUCUCACUGACUUUUUUUUUUUCAGUGUACAAAGUGAGUAUUUGUUCUGUAAUACUUUGAUGUGCAUUCUGUCUAAUGUGUCUUAAGCCUCAUAAACAAUCAUCAGUUGGUGUUGUCUGAAGCAAGUAAGAGAUAUAUAAAUACCCCGUAGCUAAAAUGGUCAGUCUUUUUUAGAUAUUUUCCUAUUUAGUGUCUUCUGGUAACUUUUUGCUGUGUCAGUAGACCCUCAUUUCACAAGUGCAUGUCUUUGUAAUAACGCACACGUUUUAUCCUCAUUUUUAUUGUUUUCAUAGUCCAUUGUAGUAAGAAAACCUUUUUCCCCUUGUGCUGGUUUAUUCUUUAGUGUGUGUUUGAAACUCUGUCCAUGUUCACUAGAUGGGGUCUUAUCAAAUAUAUCACCACCAUUCUGAUUGAUGAAGAGAAGCAGGUAAUCUGGCUAAAGUCACCAUUCUUUUUGACCACAAGGCCAUAUAUAAUGACUAACUUUCAUUCUUGAUUCAUAGAGAAGAGUUAACAGCUAGCUAGGUGAUUUUUAACAAUAUUAGCAGAAUAUAUUAACAAACACCACUACAACUAUUGCUUUUUUGUUUCCGUGAUUUUACCAUAAGAUUAAGAACUAUAUGAGGAAUAUUCUUGAAAAGUGGUUUUAAGUGUAGCAACUACUCUUCCUUAAUGGACACCAUGUAAUGUAGAAAUUGGUUUCUCAGUUAUCAUUGGUCCAUAAGUAUGUCUUAUAGAGAAGAACUUUAAAUGCACUGAGGGAAAGAAGUUGAUGAUGCCAAUGGACCAGAGGUUUGGUAAUAUAAUGCCACCCUAAAAUAUUAGGUUGGGUAAGAAGAUUCUAUGUAAGUAACAGAGAUGGUUCUUGGCUGCAUUUAUCACCAAGAAAUGUAUUACAAUUUUUGAGAUUACUUCCCAGUAUUUACCUUCAGUUGGCAUCCUGGGGUACUUAUUUAGUUUGGACUGUUCCCAUUUCAGCUCUUAAUAAAGUAUUUGCUUUCUCUUUGAAGAAUUUGGAGCCCAAAUAAUCAUUUUUCAUAUUCAUAUCCAAGAAUUGAAAUAGAGACCAAAAAGAUUAUCUGACCAAAUGGACAAUAAAUUGUCAAGAAAAGUUGUAACCUUGGAAAACAUUUAUAUUUGGAAUUUCUCAAGCCGUCUACUGGACUAAUAACUAAGUCAUCAGCCAGGGAAAUGAUCCAAAGCUGAAGAUAGUCCCUAUUUUAAUACCCUGACAUCCACAGGGGAAACUUUGGUAGAAUAAUUAUGUAGCUCAGAUCUGUUCUUAGAGCAGAACAGGAGUCAACUAAUUAAUUAUCAGAUUUCCACACUCCUCUCCCUGAAAAAAAAAAAUCAGUAAUCUUUCAAAGAAUGUCCUGUUUUUAGCCAGGUGGUUUCACAAGAACAUUUGGAAACUUGUUUAAUUUAAUUUGCCCUUGAUGGAGGUAUAGAAGAACAGGCAAACAAUCUAGAGCUUAUUCCUUUAUCCAAAAUAUUGUCAUUCCCUCCUCUCACUAAUGCUUGGUAUUUCCCCCACAGAGUGCCUAAAAUUUUAAUAGUAAUAGGAAAAAAAUUAAAGUAGCAAUAUAUCACAAACUAAUCCAGACCUGAAAGGAUUUGUAACUGGAUUGAAAAACAAAGGGUUUUUGUUGUUUUGUUUUCCAGUUUGUUGGUUUAUAAUGGUCACAUGUUGUGAGGAUACUCACCGAUAGACAAUCAAAUUGUAGAAAAGGCAUACAUAAUAUCCAAGAGACAGGGACUAAUGCACUGUACAAUCUGCUUAUCCUCUCCCUUCUUUCUCUUUCCUUCUCUCUCGCCAAAGUGUGCUUCAGAAUUAUACACUGCUUUAAAAAGAACAUCCUUAUACAAGUGGCUUUAUAUUUCCUAAAAUGCCAUAAGAAAAUGCAAUAUCUGGGUACUGUAUGGGGAAAAAAUGUCCAAGUUUGCAUAAAACCAGUACAUUUCAGCUUGCAAGUUACUAAAUACAAUAAUGCUGUUUUAAUUUUAUUUUCUUUUACAUCACUUAAAAUUCACAAAAAAUAAUGUAGAUAGAACAAAUUGCAGACAAGGAAAAAAAACUUGAAUGAAAUGGAUUUUAUAGAAAGCUUUAUGAUAAUUCUUGAACGCAUUAUUUAUUUUUUUGUGCCAUGCAUUUUUUUUCUCACCAAAUGACCUUACCUGUAAUACAGUCUUGUUUGUCUGUUUACAACCAUGUAUUUAUUGUAAUGUACAUACUGUAAUGUUAAUUGUAAAUUAUCAGUUCUUAUUAAAACAUCAUCCCAUGGGAUGGUGUUGAUAUAUUUGGAAACUCUUGGUGAGAGAAUGAAUGGUGUGUAUACAUACUCCUUGUACAUUUUCUUUUCUCCUGUAAUAUAGUCUUGUCACCUUAGAGCUUGUUUAUGGAAGAUUCAAGAAAACUAUAAAAUACAUAAAGAUAUAUAAAUUUAAAAAACAUAGCUGCAGGUCUUUGGUCCCAGGGCUGUGCCUUAACUUUAACCAAUAUUUUCUUCUGUUUUGCUGCAUUUGAAAGUAAUCUAAUGGGGUGGUGGGGGGCUAGGGCUGGGCAUUUUUAUAUCCAAGCUUUGAAACUAUUGGAUUUCUGACAAUAGCUGGGAGAUUCUGAGACCCUUAUGAGAUACAAGCUUUUAAGCUUUUAGCUCUUGCCAUGAAGCAGCACUGCUUAUAUAAUGGUUCUUCUCCCCAUCUCUUGAUCAGGAGCUACUUCGGGUAGUUACAUCUGAUUGUUGGCUUUUUUUUUUCCCCCCCCCUUUCAAACAUUAAUGGGAAAAUACAUUCUUGCCCAGUAAUAACAAAGUCUUUUUGGCUUCUUAAGCACAUAGGCGGAUGAACUUGAUUUGAAACUAGAGCCUCAGGUCACAUGUGUUGGUCAGUCAUUUAUUCAUCAGCUUCCUGUCAUGUUAAGAGAAUAUGUAAUAGGAAAAGUUCAUUUUUUAACCCUGGAAUUUUUCAACUAAGAUCAAUGAAAUUUCCAUUAUAUAUGUAAAUCCAUAGAUAAAACACAGUUUUUAUAUGAUGCCAAUUCACACAAAAAUGAUUCACCAUUCUCUAGAAUUUGUUUCUGCAGAACUACUAUGGCUUUCACAUUUUAAAAAUUAACCUUAGCAUAAUGGCCAGCUCCCAAAAGUUAAAGAAAAAUCACCACUGGGUGGUAUGGAAACUGCCUCCCACUCUUGCCCAGCCCUCGGAGCACUUGAUUUAGCGAGAGAUCCUUUUUCUAGGAAAAAUGAGCCUCCUGUUAUUUUAUUUAAUUUUUUGACACAAACUGUAGAUUUUAGCAGCCCUGGCCCAAAGGAAUUUGAUUACUUUUGUUUUAAACAGUACAAAGGGGACACUAUAAUUAUGAAAAACAUCCUUACUGAUUUUGGUUGUUUUUAAUUUUAUUUCUUAGGAUAUGUUUUCAGAGUGGUUAAUUGUGUGUGAGCAUUACAAAUGAUGAUGAUUCUUAUAGUGGUUUCUUAGCCUCUCUUACAGCCCAUGAGGAUAGUACUGUACAUCAAUACCUUCAUAUGAAAUUUUUAUAUGCAACGAAAAUAAAAGCAUGGGUUGAUUCUGCCUA